AUGGAAUGGCUAAGUGGGAAUAAUAUACUUGAGGGAAAUAAUAAAGUUCAAUACCGAACAGAUCCUCAAAAUAACGACCAAACUACAAGACAUGGAGUAAUUAAAGAACAUAAACCAAAUUUAAAGUAUAUUGUCGAAACCGAAGGAAAAGAAAGAG